UGCUCUAGUGCAAAAAACAUAGUCGUACCCCCCAUCUUUUUGAACACUUUGGUUUCUGUAUGUUUGAGGUGUGCUUUAUCUCUUUCACACAAGUAGGCACACAUAGGCCCCACCGUGACGUCAUCGUCAUAUUCACUCCAUCAAGCAUGACCGUGUCUAUAUGUGCCGACUGUUAGCCGCAUUUCAAUGCUGUGAAUAGAAGAAAGCUUAUUUAGGAAAAUCUUUUAUCAAGAGGCAUACUUACGAAAACUUCACUCCAUAUCGGCUUUGUGGCUGUCCAGAACCUUAUACACCCAGGUUAUUGAAACAAUUAUCUUUUUAGGAAAAUGCAAAACAUGGAUCAUGAUCACGGAUAUGCAUCAUUUGCAUUGCAACCGAGUACCGAAAUGAUGGAACUACGUCCUAUCUAAUGGUUUUUUUCUGCUCUGACGUCAGUUUCAUUGGUCGUGCCCGCUACUCUUAUUAUUCUUGCUUCGACAUUGUUGGCUGUCUCAUCGUCACCACCACCUAUAUUUGUUUCGUCAGAUAUGUUGACCGUUCCAUCGUCACCGCCACCCAUCCGUGAUGUUUGCGGAUCAAUGCCCAGUUCGUCUGCCAAGCCGGGAUCAGCGAUCCUCUUCCGGAACGUCAUUGUUGACCGCUUUAUCGCCAUCACCACCCAUCUGUGAUAUUUCCGGAUCUUUGCCCAGUUCGUCAGCCAAGCCGGGACAGCAAUCCUCUGCCGGAACGUCAUUGUUGACCGCUUCAUCGUCACCAUCAACCAUCCCUGAUGUUUCCGGUACGUUCCUUUUCGAUGGAUCUUUGCCCGGUUCGUCAGCUAUGCCGGGACAGCGAUUCUCUUCCGGAUCGUCAUCCUCAACCAGUCUGCCGUCUUUACCUGAUACUUUUUCAUCAUCCGGUGUACAUGAGUGUGUUAUAACUCGAAAACAAGUGGACAAUCUUAUUAAGCAAUCGAAGCAGACUACGGCUCGAAAUUAUGUUUUACGCAAUGGAUACUAUAGCAGGGACAACAUCACGCAAUGCAGCCAUUACUGCCAUUGAUACAGAAAAGGCAUUAGAAGCAUUUAAUGCUAACUUAGAAGCUAACACGUAUGUGACUGAGAUGCUCAGCUCACUUUUGAAUACAAUAGGUUAUAUAAAAUAUGUUAAAAGAAGACCAAAUAAUAGAUCUAUUGAUUACUAAAGAUGUUUUUCUAAAUGUUGGUCAGGGAUUAGUAAUAAAAAUCCAAAAAUCGCAUUUUUUUUAUCUUGAAAACUUUACGUAAAGUUGCAUAAUUUAAGCAU